UCUCGUCGAAAAUUGCGUGGUUGAUGUAAUACUUGCACAGUGAUUUUAAGCGGCUUGUCCAUGCAUAAUGCAAAAUACUCUAUUAAUUAUUUUUAUUGCGUUGCGGGACAUGCGAUCAACCGUGAUAUUUGCGACUACAUAACUGGGUUUAACCGUGUAUCUGUACCUCGAUAAAAGUACUUAACACUUGCGCAAAUGAUCCACAAAUACAGACGCACUAUUUCGGAUUCUAAAACCUAGUAUUUACGAAGAUAACAAUGGCUGGAGCGACCUUACCUGAGAGGGUAGCUCAGUUGUAUUAUACAUAUGGAUUAUUCUGUUCUUCCUAUCCCAUUAUUCCUAUAACUGUUGCCUUAUCAGUGGUGUUAUUGUGUUGUUAUCCUCUGUUAAAUGUUCCAUUGCCGGGAAACAUUCCCACAGUUGUAAAUGUCCCGUGGCAGAUAAAUGAGAAUCAGAUGUCGACACCAGAAGGAUGCAAUUCCAAUAAUUGUUUACAAGAUGCUCCUCUUCCGUUAUAUAUCCUUCUAAAUGAAACUCAGCGGCUUCCACAUAUCUGGGCGAAAGAUAAGCCUUUGUUAUAUGCCCAGCAAAUAAUUAUGAAAAUAGGCGUGUCCCCUUGGAAUAAUAAUUUAAAAAUGUGGGAUGCGUUCAGAGCACCGUUGCAAGAGGUAUUUCGACUGCUCGAGACAAUAAGAAACCACGAGGAUGCUGACACCAAAAGCACUCUGCUCCAACAUUGCUACCAAAUCGAAGGCAUCAAGAAGCGAGAAAGCAAAGCGAGCUUAGAGCGAGUGUUGCCAGAAUACAGCUGCCUGUUACUGUCACCCGCCAACCUUUGGCAGCAGAGUCUGCAGACGUUCUCAUUGGACGCCAACAUUGUCAACACCGUGUAUAAUUAUCAGAAUCUGCAGAAGGGCAAAGCGUCCAUAGCGGAAAUGGCAUUCGGCCUCCACUUGCGCGACACGGGCAUCAAACGGUAUCCAUUGCGGGCGCGCCCGCGCAUACUCCAGUACGCGGUCACAAUGUUCUAUCAAUAUCCGGAUACAAAAUUCGUCCAGUCCUUAUCUAAAAAGCUGAUGGAAAUGUAUCCUCUCCAUCAAGAAUCGUAUAAAAGAAUUGACGAAGCGACUCUCAUAUAUUAUCCGGGACAAUUCAAUUAUCACGAAUUAGUACCUCUCACCAUAACAUUUAUGGGCCUAUUCCUUUAUGUUUACUUCUCUGUGAGGAAAAUAGAGUAUAUUAAGUCUAAGUUUUGGUUAGCUGCGUGUGCUGUGAUUUCUAUAGCGUCCAGUUUGUUGAUGUCGACGGGAAUAUGCUUCUACUUCGGCAUCACGUUAAGUCUCCAGGGCAAAGAGAUCGUCCCCUAUCUAGUCAUCAUAGUGGGCCUCGAGAAUGUUCUGGUUCUAACUAAGAGCGUCACGUCCACCGAUUCCCGAUUAGACGUCAAAAUCCGUCUAGCACAGGGCCUUAGUAAAGAAGGCUGGUCGAUCACAAAGAAUCUGCUGACUGAAAUAACCGUUUUCACACUAAGUUUCUUCACUUUCGUCCCGUUCAUACAGGAAUUCUCCAUAUUCAUGAUAUUGAGUCUCAUGGCCGAUUAUUUCAUACAAAUGGUGUUCUUCGCAACGGUAUUGGGUAUAGACGUGCAAAGGAUGGAGUAUUUCCAAGAUAGGAACAACAAAUUGCACUUGAAAGAGUAUUUUCACGUGAACAACGCUUUGAACUGGCGUUACAAUAAGAGUUAUGAGGAGGAUUCGCCGCUGAGGAUCAGGAAAUCGAAGUCGCAUCCCCGUUUGAACGGCUUAGCCCAGAGCAGUCCCACAGACGUGGUCGCGAAGAGGAAUUCGAAUGGCCAAAGCCAGGAUAACAGGGUGCCGAAGAGGAUUCGAUUGGUGAAUCUCUGGGCGCGCACUCGAUUCUUCCAACGAGCUUUUAUGGUCUGGAUGUUGGUGUGGAUAUCCAUGAUCGUUUACAACUCGGGUGUGGUCGAUUACUUCAUAACCAGUGCAGAAAUGGACGGCAAUUCGGAGGUGAACAAGAGGAAUUAUCAGAAGAAGGAGCACAAGCAGUCUGUGAACAUGAUGUACGCUAAGAACGCCAUGGUAUUCUCGCCGAUGAUAGACCUGGGAAGUUCCGAGAAGUCGGCGGCGGACACCAAUGAUACUCUGAUGAUGAAACAUUCGCCACAUUCACGCCCGUGGACCAGGUUAUCGCCCUACCACUGGUCGUCAAUACUCUCCCACUACAACGAGACGGUGGGGGGGAGGUACAUGGUGUUGCUUCCGCCGCUGCUGCUCAGCCACCGGCUCAGUCCGGAGCUGGCGGUGACGGUGAGGAACCCUGAGGAGAAGGAUCCGCCCCCACUCAGGUGGCAGGCCCUGGCUGCCGCCCUGGAUCCUAUUGAUAUACUGCCUGAUUUUGAGCUGAUCGAAAGCAAGAGUCCGCUACAGCACUGGGGCAGUUCCACCCCCCUCCCCCUCUACCCGACCACGCCCAUGGAAAUACUGCUGCUGGCCAUACUGUGCACCAUAAGCGUGGCCGUCAUCGCUUACAUGAUGGUCGUGUUGUACAGAUGCGUGUGCUCGCGCCAUUACGCGGAAUGGCGGGCGUCGUGGAGCGACGACGCCCUCUACAGGAAAAUCAUUGAAAACCAACCCGCAGUUCAGUUGGUAAUGGAAGCGGUACCCCUCGUGGUGGCGGGUCACAGCCAGGAGGUGGAGUGUCUGGUUACGGACGGGGAGAAGGUGGUCAGCUCCUGUCUCCAGGGCAACGUGAAGGUCUGGGACUCGCAGAAUGGAGAACUGAUAGCCACUAUCGACCGCGGGGCUUUCUUCAAAUUGCAAAGAGAGUUGUAUAAAGCGGGAACAAAGAAAAAUGUGGACAACAAAUCAGUUGCAAAAUUAUCACCAAAUUCAGAAGUUACACCAAAAAUAGAGACGACACACAGACUGCGCAAGGGCCUCGGCAACCACCUUAGCGGGCUUCGGUUCCGGGCGACCGCUAGGGAAUCCCCUUCACAUCUACCGACAGCUGAGACCACGAAGUAUGACUUCGCUAAGAAUUAUAGAGAAUUAUACUGCAGCGAGCAAAGUGAAGACCCAAACAAUUCGGAAACGAAAGAGAAUGACAUAAACAAUAUGAAUAUAAGUAAAAACGACAGUGUGACUAGUGAUAAAGAUAGUGACGAUAGUAUGUUAUUUAUGUUUAACUCUAGCGAUGAUGUGAUAAAUAGGAGUAAGAGAAGUGAAAUGAGAAGUGAAGUGAGGAGUGAAGUGAGCGGGGACAAUUGGAGGGGGAGGGCGGUGAGGCAAUCGCCAGUGUGGUGCAUGGACUUUUGUAAUGAUCUUAUAAUAUUGGGGUGCGGCGAUGGUAGACUGGAGUUUUGGGAGGCUAGCUCUAAGAAAUUGUUGUGCGUAUGGUGGGGUCCCGAAUCGCGGUCGGGUGAUCGCGACGCGGCCGGAGUGACGCACGUCCGAGCCCUAUCAGGGGCGAGACGUGUCUGUGUCGCAAGUCUAGCCGGCUACCUCACAUUGUUGCAACUGAACGCAUACAACGCCGCUUCUGGGGCGCAAGUUGAUUGGCAGUUCAGCACUGCGCACCGGAGGACUCACAAACGAACAGGGUCGACGGGGUCAUUGCACUACGUGAACUGUCCAGAUGACACCGCGAGGUCAAAAAUGACCUUCUCAUACGAGGCCGAGCUUAGCGAAGGAGAAGAAAUCAUAUGCCAGCGGAUAGCUCAAUGCAGGCCACACCAACAGCCGAUCACAGAGAUGCAGUCUGAAGCCGCCAGGAUAGUCACGGGCGGUCAGGAUCAUGUUCUCAAGGUAUUCUCGAGUUCAGAUCUAAGCGCCCUAUUCACACUGCACGGUCAUUGCGGGCCCAUAACUAGCUGUUUCAUAGACCACGCGACUCCAACUAUAGCCGGCAGCGGCUCACAGGACGGACUGCUGUGUGUAUGGGAUCUACAUACAGGCGCAUGUCUGUACAGUACGCAGGCGCACGACGGCGCCGUGACGUCACUGGCGUACACAGCUUCCUACGUCAUAUCAGCUGGCUCCGACGAGAGGCUGUGUAUAUGGGACAGAUUUCAAGGGCACAUGCUCAACUCUGUACACAUUGGUCUGAACUACAUGAGUCGAAUGUUGCCUCUGACGCACACUCUGCUAGUGAUGGGAGAUCGCAGCGGGCUGGUGGUGUAUGAUCUUAGCAGCGGCGAUGUUAUCAGGAGGGUUUUGUUAGGCCAAAGCGACGGCUGUAUCUUCGUUCGUCAAAUCCUCCCGAUGAAGGACGCCAUAGUUUGCGACUACGCGAACCAACUGCGCAUAGUCAGAUUCCCACUUGUAUCUCGCUUGGCAAACGCUAAGAACGAAUGAUGACACGUACACAAGAGGAAGCUCGCACUUUGACGGGGAAUCGAACGCGGGACUUUGUGAAACAUGAAAAAUUUUGUAAGGAAAAUUGUAAAUAAAUUGGAGCAUGAAAGAGUUCCAGAUGUGGUUAGUGAGAAAUCGUAGCGGAUGUAUUGUAAAUAAUUAAUUUUGACACACAGAUUUAAUUAAAUAAUUAAUUAAUUAAGAGUUGGUUGCAUCCAUAGAUUUCGGAAUAAUAUUAGACUGUAGAAGUGGUUAGUAUCGGUUAAUGUGACGUCGCGUCUGUUGUUGUUGAUUCUUUGACGAGAGGAAAUAGUAGAAACUGUUGUAUUGUCUUCUUGAAUAUCAAUUUUGAAAUUAAUUUAAUGGCAUUAUAAUCUGCAAUAGAAAAUUACGAUGCAGUGUACAUUUCUAAUGUCCGAUACAUGACAUUAUUCCCAUAUCUAUGUGUGCGCCAUAUUAGUUUAACGAUGAUCGAACUCUAUCAAUUAAAUCUCCAGUUAACCAGAAUAAAAAUUUCACCAUUAUAUUUUUCAUACUAGGGUCACUUAUCACCUGUUAAGUUAACUUUGAUGUAAUUUCGAAGUUUAAGAUAUUGUUGAGGACUUAGAAGUCAUUGUUACGAGUGAACGCUAAAUACUUUUAUAUAUAUAUAAUCAUCCAAGAUGGAAAAAUAAAGAUUAGUUAGUUUUCCAUUGGGAUUCCCAGUCAGGACCUUGUUAGUAAAUGUUUAUUAGUUUCACGAAGGUAUCUGUGGAAAGUAAUUUGACCAAAAACGACACAAUGCCGUUUGCAUUAAGAAAAAAAAUAUAGGUAACUUUAUCAUUGAAAUAUUUACAAGUUGUAAUAUUAGCUUAUCCGAUGUAAAUUAUAAUUUGAAAAUAUGACGAUGAUAAAAUAUGAUACUUUAUAUUAAUGUGACACAUUCACUUCUAGAGUAAAUCGGCUAUUAUGUAAAUUAAUAUAAAUAAAUAUUGCAUGUUUUCUCUCUCUCUGUCAAUAACUUACAAUGUAGAGAGAAGUUAUUCAAAAUUUUAUUGACAGCCUACAAUCACAAAAGGAUUCAAAAUAAAUGUGUCUUAGAAUUAUAGCGUAAAAUUGUUAUCAUAAAAUAUCUAGUAUAUAAAACAGGUUUUAACGCAUACGUUGUUAUCUAUUGUCGAUAUUUCGGUCGCGUUUCACGUGGAGGUAACAGACGAGACGAGAGUGCCUAAAAACUACAAUCUUUUAACUCAACGCGAAAAUGUUUAACAAAGUAAUAUUAAUAUAGUAUCACUGAAAUAUACAGAAUCUUCAUUGUCUUGUGAGAAAUAAAGUUAUUCAAAUAUAUACAUAAAAAAUUGAGGGCACUAUCAAAAAUUAACAAAUAUUUAAAGUGCUAAGUAUAUUUAAUUCUAAUAGAUCACUUAUCUAAUUACGAUUAUCAUAAGUAAAAGAAAAAUAUUUUGCACGACAUGUUCAUGUUAUUGAGAUAAUUGUUAUCACAUCGGGACCAUAUAAUUCGUGAGAUUAGAGUCGAUCUGAUUGUAUAUAGUCGUUCGUGUGUAGUAAGUAUUGUUUUUUUUUUAAAUAACUAAAUUGUAACGUCAGUUUUUACUUCCAAAACUCUUACCUACAUGAUGUUGUUAAGAACUUAAAUAUUUACGAUUAGUGUGGUUGAUAGUCUCAAUGGUAUUGAAAGAAAAUAUAUAUUAUAAUAAGUAUGUAUACGUUUAUUUCCUCGCCAUAACAUAACAAUCAAGUACUUAAUGGGUGUUUAUAAACGCUAAGUAUUUAACUUAAGAUUAAAACGGGUCGGCGUUAUAUAUUUUGUAUAAUUAUUAAUGAUUAAUUAUAUUUUCGUUCAUAUUAAAGCAGACAAAACAACAAUUUUAAUGAGGCUAUUGAUAA